AUACUCUGUUAUUCUUGUGAAUUUCUGAUAUAUGUCCUAAAGACAUGAUGGUUGGCGAGCAUAUAUCUGAUAUCAUAGUUUGCUGUUUACAAGAAGAGAGAUAAAGUGCAUAUAACAGUUCAAGCGUGUACGUGCCAAUCGAAGGAACAAUGUAUAAAAUAAAUGAAGUUUCCGAGAUUGAUGAGUUUUUGGCGGGCCCCUUAGUUAUUUGGUUUGCGAGCUGCCUUGAAAUGCUUACCGAUGAGAAAGUCAGCUAUAAUAAUUUGGUGAAUGGCUAUUUAAUGCACAAUGUAUUUCUUCAGAUGAAUCUCCAAGUGCACGAUACCGAUGUCUAUCUAUCGACAAUCGACUCGACAGCUUGGCGUUGCCGCAAUCUACUUGGAGUUCUCAACAACAUUCGACACUUCUACGAAGACGAGUUAGGCCAAUUGAUUCUCCGUUUACCCGAUGUUGAAAAACUCGGCCGUGAGCCUGAACAUAAUGUUCGUGAAACCGAAAUUCUGCUGCAACUGUUACUCGGAUGUGCAGUGCAGUGUCCGCAAAAACAAAGAUUCAUCGAGAAAAUUAGAAGACUUGAUGAGACAAGUCAGUUGGCUCUGGCUCAAUGUAUCUCUCAGAUAAUAGAAGUGCCAGAUAUAGUGAUCAGCACAGACAUGUUAGUAAACGUACCAAACGCACAAAAAGCCAUCGAUUGCAUAAAAAAAAUUUGUAAAGAGCGCGAUGAUUACAAAAUUCAACUACGUUGUCAUCGAGAACACAUUGAAGAACAGCUAAAUGAAGAUAUAUGCGAGAAAUUACAGUUGAAAUUCAAGGUCACGGACCUUGCUGAGCAGCUACGUCAAAAGAGCGAUGAACUUGAGGACAUUCAAGCUCACCUUAAAGAAUACGAGAAGAAACUACUUGAGGUUAAUGAAAAAUUAGUAAUGGAAACAAAAAACGUAAAACUCUACAAAGACGACCUGGACGAAGCGAGAGCCCGUGCUGAAAAAGCCGAACUACUUGAGCAGGAUAUUGCACGUUAUAAGAAAAAGUUAAAUGAGCUUGAUUUUUGCAAAGCUCGGAUAAAGGAAUUAGAAAAGAGCAAUAAGGAUUUUGCUGACAGUAAAACUGUGUUAAGAAAGCAACUAGCUUCGAAGAAGGUGGAUGAAGAAAGAAUGAGAGAUUUAAAGAGGCAAGUGACUAAACUGAUUGAGCAAAUCAACAAUUUGACGAUUGAAAGUGCUAAGAAUCGCGAUAAGUAUUCAGCAGCUUGCGAGGAAAUAAAAGAACUACAAUGCUUCGUUAAAGAAUCUUGCAAGAAUUCGGAUGUGAAUCAUCAUUAUGAAGGAUUACCAAGUUUGAAAGACGACUUACUGCUUAAUCAAAAGAAUAUUCAAAUUGACAAACUGCAGGCUGAUAAUCAAAGUUUCAUUUCGUAUAAUGAGACACUCAAAGUACAUUUAUUCCGCAAAUCUAACCAAAUUUCAACUUUAACUCAUGAAAACAAAGAAUUAAAGCAGGAAAAUAAGUCCCUGAAUUUGCAAAUAAUGUCCAUGAAAGAAAAUUUGAUUCAAAAAGAAAAUAAAAUUCAAACCCUUCAGUGCCUUUGCCAAAAAACAUUGAGCAAGGCUACGAAACUACAACAACUAGGAUUAGAAAACUUAAAUAUUGGGUUAUUAUUGAAGAAUACACAGAAAUGCUCGUCUACCUCUGAUAAAAGUAUGCCAAUAAAUUCUAUUGGCAUUGAUGCGUCGAAAUUUCAAACAGAAUAAAAAUACGAUUUGAUGUAGUUAAAUCUUGUGAAAGACUAUAAACCUAAUCCAAUCUUGAGUUCAAUAUUAUUUUAUUAAUUGUUAUUUUAUAAGUAUAAUAUUCGCCAUUUUUAUCUUGAGAAACUAAAUAUCUUAUAAUAAUAUUGUUUAUCUUUUAGUGUGUUCUAUUAUUGUAUUUGAUAAAUGUAGAACCAAAUGGAAAAUAAUUUUUAUUAA